AUGGCGCAAACAUUCAGCCGCCCUCCCUUCAAGUUCAACGACGCCAACACCGACAUCUUCCUCCGCUCGGCAGACCGCGUCGACUUCGGGCUCUCCAAAGUGCGCCUCGCCAAAAUCUCCACCGUCUUCUGCGACAUGUUCGCCUUCCCCGACGUCAACGCGGACACCGGAGAACCGCAGAUCGUAGAGCUCGCCGAGAACGCCAGCACGCUCGCGAAGCUCCUGCGCCUCUGCUACUACCCGAUCCCCGUCAGACGCACCUGUACACGGCGACCGGUCUUCGAGGCGUUCGACGAGCUGUUUGCGGUCUUGAACGCGGCAGACAAAUACGAUAUCGAGGUCCCAGCGGACGCCACGCGACGCGCACUCCAGGAGCUGGCGGUGAAGGAGGGCCCGGCGCAGGCGUAUGCCGUCGCUUGCACCUACGAGAUACCGAUGCUGGCGAGGAGAGCCGCUAGGCUCCUCCUUAAGGAGCCGUAUUUCACGGCCGAAGACACCGACACCAUGCCCCCCGAGCUUCGUUCCCUUCCGGAGGAGGCGCUCGAUGCGCUUGACUGCUAUCGGGAGCAAUGCGCAGAGCAUAUCGCAGCGAACGUGCUACAUGCAGAAAGAGAGCAGCUUCUGGUCGGGGGCCACGCGUACGACAAGAGCCGUCGAGAAAGAGACGUCACUCACGUCCAAGGUUCCUGGAUUUGGUACCGUUGCAAGGCCGGCAGCCCCCGCACAUCCGUCGACGCGCGAUCGAACGACUCCAGCAACCCCGACCAAUACAUACACCCGUGCGGGUGGUGGCUCCGCUAUAAGUGGGCGGUCUUCGAGGAAUUCAUCAAUGGGGACGGGGGGCUGGAUGGCUGUGUGGCGACUAAAUGGGCGUUGCUACAUCAGUUCAUAUCUGAAGGGGAGAACUGUCGCACUUGCGCGCCCUCCGCACGUACGCACCUCAUGGUGUAUGCUCAAGCGAUGGAGAAGAGAAUUGAGAGAGCUAUCGACGAAGUGAGUCCCCUCGCACUUCCGGGCUAG